AUGACCAGAUUUAACCAAAAUUCAAAACAAAAGAAAAUGUCCUAUUAUCAUCAUGCAUCAUCAAAUACAUUUCUUUACAAAACAGUCGGACAACAAUUUGAUGAGACUGUUGAUAAAUAUCCGGAGCAUGAAUGUUUGGUGUUUAAGGAAGAAAAUAAACGCUGUACAUAUAAAACAUUUCAAUAUGAAAUAAAUCGUUUAGCUAUAUCGUUAUUAGAACUGAAGUUGAACAAAUGUGACUGUAUAGGUGUGUGGUUACCAACAACGUCAGCAAAUGUAACAUUAACGUUUGCUGCAUCAAAAUUAGGUCUAAUCAAAGUAAAUAUUAAUCCAAAUAAUACAGCAUCUGAAUUACUACAUUGUUUAAAUACAACAAAAUGCAAAUGUUUGGUAAUGCAAGCAAAUGUUAAAUCUCUAAAUUGUAUAAAUAUAAUAGAAAAUAUUCUGCCAGAAUUAGCACGAUCAAAAACCGGUGAAGAACUAAACUCCCAAUUGAUACCAACAUUGAAAUAUGUUGUUGUUGUUGAUUCAACAACAUCGAUAAAAGGUAAUAAUGGUUUUGUCAUACACAGCUGAAGAAUAAAACAAAACUGAGAGAUUAUAAGAUAACACAGCAACAGACUUGUGUCAAAACAAUCAUUAUCAUAGACGUGCGGUUUUAAUCUUAAAUAUUGACAGUUGUGCUAAUUUUCAGUAAGCUAUACGUUUUUCCGAGAAAAGUAUCUCACGAGAGAACCUUUCGAGACGAUAAAACGCUUUUUGCUCUGAAUCUACUGGGUUAUAAGUUAUCGACCAUGCUGAUAGAUCCAAUUUUCUAGAAAACCAGCUUUUCGGAAAGUUUAAAAUAUAACCAGAACAUUUCUUAAUGAGACAUGAUUGUAGUCCACAAAUUUCAGAUUAAAAUGAGACAUCCCCCAGCUUAAUACAAUCUUUCUUUGCAAAGUUAUAGAAUUUACAAGAAAAGCCCUAAAUUAGUUUUUUCUUACUUAUUUCUGCAGCUUUGACCUGAUAAUGAACACGUAGGGCUUCUCUUGUAAAUUCUAUAACCUUGUAAAGAAAGGUCGUGUAGAGCUGGGAGAUGUCUCAUCUUAAUCAGAAAUUUACGGGCUACGUGUAUGUCUCGGUAAGAAAGAUUCUAGUUAUAUUUUAGAGUUCCUGAAAACUGACAUUUUGGCAAACCGAAUCUUCGAAG